AUUGCAGGAGUAAAAACACAUGAACUCUGUGCUGAUACAGAGUUUGAUUUAACACACCGAUGUUGGAGUGAAGUAAAUGUGUGUCCUGCUGUAAUCUGGAGAAGGAGACAUGACCUCCAACAUGUGUCUGGAAAACAGGACUUAAAGAAAGACGAGAGAAUGAUGAAGAGAAAGAGAUCAGACUCACCAGAACCCAGCUGUGUGUCCAUGAAGAGUGACCGGUCAAUGGGUUGUCCAAUUUACUUCAGAGACGGAGCCAGUUCUCCUGAUGUGAGACCACAACAGAAGAAAUCAAACCUCAGCAGAAAUCAGCUGGACUCCAUAUUCAAGGAGCUGGAACACAAAGUCAUCACUCUGAUAAAGAAUGAGCUGAAGAGGUUUAGGAAGCUCCUGAGUCCAGAUUACCCAGCAUGCACUGAGAGGGAGGUGGAGGAUGAGGAGGAUCUGCACAGUGUCAGAGACGGAGCGCUGAAGAUCACACUGCACGUCCUGAAGAACAUGAACCACACAGAUCUCGCUAACACACUGCACAACAAACUCACCUCUGUGUACCAGACAAAGCUGAAAUCCAGCCUGAGAGAGAAGUUUAAAAGAAUUAAUGAAGGAAUCUCACAGCAUGGAAGCUCAGCAAUUCUGAAUGACAUCUACACAGAUCUCUACAUCACAGAGGGCUGGAGUGGAGACGUCAAUAAUGAACAUGAGAUGAGGGAGAUUGAGACAGCAUCCAGGAGACCAGCAACGCAGGAGACACCCAUCAAAUGUAAUGAUCUCUUUAAAGACAAGUCCAUCCGAAGUGUGCUGACUAAAGGAGUUGCUGGAAUUGGAAAAACAGUCUCUGUGCAGAAGUUCAUUCUGGACUGGACUGAAGGAAAAGCAAAUCAGGACGUCACCUUCAUGUUUCCACUUCCCUUUAGAGAGCUGAAUCUGAUGAAGCAGAAACAUCUCAGUCUGAUGGAUCUUCUUCAUCACUUUUUCCCAGAAAUGAGAAAACUACAAUUAAUAGACUCCUAUAAAGUGGUGUUGAUUUUUGAUGGUCUGGAUGAGUGUCGACUUCCUCUAAAUUUCCAGAAGAAUGAGAGAUUGUGUGAUGUGACAGAGUCAGUCUCAGUGGAUGUGCUACUGUCAAACCUCAUCAAGGGGAAUCUUCUUCCCUCUGCUCUCCUCUGGAUAACCUCUCGACCAGGAGCAGCCAAUCAGAUCCCUCCUGACUGUCUAGACCAGGUAACAGAGGUAAGAGGGUUCAGUGAUCCUCAGAAAGAGGAGUACUUCAGGAAGAGGAUCAGUGAUCAGAGCCUGGCCAAUAAAAUCAUCUCACACAUGAAGUCUUCAAGAACCCUCUACAUCAUGUGCCACAUCCCAGUCUUCUGCUGGAUCUCAGCCACUGUUCUAGAGAGAAUGCUGGGUGAAGCAGAGCAUGGAGAGAUCCCCAAGACUCUGACUCAAAUGUUCACACACUUCCUGAUCUUUCAGAUCAAACACAAGGACCAAAAGUACCAUCAGAAAUGUGACCCUGAUCCUCAGCAGACCAGAGAGAGUAUCCUGGCACUGGGAAAACUGGCUUUCCAACAGCUGGAGAAAGGAAACCUGAUCUUCUAUGAGGAAGACCUGAGAGAGUGUGGCAUUAAUGUCAGAGAAGUGUCAGUGUACUCAGGAGUGUGUACCCAAAUCUUCAGAGAGGAGUUUGGGCUUCAUCUGGGGAAGGUGUUCAGCUUUGUACAUCUGAGUGUGCAGGAGUUUCUGGCUGCUUUAUACGCAUUUCUCUGCUUUAUUUUUAAAAAGAACAAUGUGUUAGUGGAACAAAGCAUUGGACUUUUUAAUUUCUUCAGGAAGUCAAAAAUGUCUGAUCUCCUCAGGAGUGCAGUGGACAAGGCCUUACAGCGUGAGAAUGGACAGCUGGACCUGUUCCUCCGCUUUCUUCUGGGUCUCUCACUGGAGUCCAAUCAGACUCUCUUACGAGGCUUAAUGCCACAGACAGGAUGCAGCUCUCACACCAAACAGGAAACAGCAGAGUACAUCAAGGAGAAGAUCAAGGAGAAUCCAUCUCCAGAGAAAUCCAUCAAUCUGUUUCACUGUCUGAAUGAACUGAAUGAUCAUUCUCUAGUGCAGGAAGUACAACGUUACCUGAACAGAGGAGGUAACAGUUGUCUCAGUGGAACCAGACUCUCUCCUGCUCAGUGGUCAGCUCUGGUGUUUGUGUUACUGAACUCAGAUCAGGAGCUGGAUGUGUUUAAUUUGAGAAAAUAUCACCCAUCAGAGGAAUGUCUUCUGAAGCUGCUACCAGUGGUCAAAGCCUCCAGAAAAGCUGUGCUGUGGAGGUGUAAACUGACAGAGGAAAGCUGUAGAGUUCUGUCCUCAGUUCUCAGCUCAAACUCCUCCAGACUGAGAGAACUUAACCUGAGUGACAAUAACCUGCAGGAUUCAGGAGUGAAGCUGCUCUCUGCUGGACUGGAGAAUCCACACUGUCCGCUGGAGAUACUGAGGAUGCAGUGCUGCAGUAUUACAGGUGAAGGUUGUGCUGCUCUGGCUUCUGCUCUGAGGUCAAACUCCUCAUCACACCUGAGAGAACUGAAUCUGAACGGUAAUAAUCCAGGAGAAUCAGGAGUGAAGCUGCUCUCUGAUCUACUGAAGGAUCCACACUGUAACCUGGAGACACUACAGCUGUGGAGGUGUAAACUGACAGAUGAAAGCUGUAGAGUUCUGUCCUCAGUUCUCAGCUCAAACUCCUCCAGACUGAGAGAACUGAACCUGAGUAACAAUAACCUGCAGGAUUCAGGAGUGAAGCUGCUCUCUGCUGGACUGGAGAAUCCACACUGUACACUGGAGAUACUGAGGAUGCGUUACUGCAGUAUUACAGGUGAAGGUUGUACCGCUCUGGCUUCUGCUCUGAGGUCAAACUCCUCAUCACACCUGAGAGAACUGAAUCUGAACGGUAAUAAUCCAGGAGAAUCAGGAGUGAAGCUGCUCUCUGAUCUACUGAAGGAUCCACACUGUAACCUGGAGACACUACACAUUGAGAGUCGUAAACUCACCAGGACUGACAUAUGACAUGAGUCUCACCUCAAACCUCUUCUCCAGGAUAAAGCAGUUUUGGUGAAGUGUUAGUUUGUUGGAACAUGGCAGUGAAACAGAUGAUUGAUUGUAAUAUUGAUUUAAUCUUGUUUUUAUUUUUAAAAAUGUGUUCGUUUUUUGCUAAUAUGUUUUAAUAGUAACAGUAAUGGUUUGACUAUUUAAGAUAUUUAGAUAUUGUAAAUAGACAUGUGCCAUAUCAGCGGCAUACAGUAAGAGCAUGAUGAGGAAGGAGAGACUUCCUGAUUUGGUGAAUCCUGUCACCAUGGAGCAGUCAGAGGACAGUGAGACCGGACACUGCACAACAACUCUCUAUUACUUACUGACUUUAUCUUAUCACUCAAACACCACACAUUAAACACCACACACAAUCUGUAUCUGAACAAGUCAUUACUCAUUUAGUGAGUUAUUUCUGUAAAGGAGAAGAGAAAAGGUGACAUUAAGACAUGAAGAUGAUUUGAGAAAUACAUUAAAUCACAUUUUAACAUGGCUAUACUACAUCAUUGUUCAAUACUGCAGCUGUUCACUGUACAGUUUAAUUUAGUUAAUCCACAGGAGCUUUUACUCCAUCUCUCAUUCUAAGGUUCUCUCUCUCUCUCUCUCUCACACACACACACACACACACACACACACACACGCGCGCGCGCGUGCGCAGGUGAAGGUCUGAGGUUUGGAGGAAGUCUGCAUUCUGUCCAACACUUUUCAGUUUCUUCUUUAUUAAAUAAUUACUGCUUGAUUAAGUGUUGUUUUUUAAAUAACUUUAAAAUAACUGGAUACUAUUAAAGUUCAUUUAUUUAUAU